AUGCAUCUUUACUUAAGUCACAACCCUCGUACGCUGUAUCUGGUAACUGGAUCGCAUGACGAACGGAAAGGACGGCCGCAACGGGCUCUCGUAUUUCGUGCUGCAGAAACCAAUCCAGCACAGGUUAUCGUGGAGUUCCUGCCGAAAGAUGAGGUCAAUCUCACCAGUGCUGUGAGACUGACCAGCCGCGUCAUUAAAGGCUGCCUUGGCCUCAUCUCGGUCGAAAAUGAUACUUUCCUUGCGGUGAUUUCCUCUGCGACGGAGGUCGGAAACACUCGCCCCUCCGACUCUCAACCUGAAUCCGUGGCGAAGAUUCACGAGGUCUUGUUCUACUGCCUUACCUCCCACUCAUGGGAUGAUUUUUCUGCAUCCCAAGAUACACUUCUCAAUCCAGAUAACGCCGAUGCACUCAUGACAAGAGACCACUAUUCUCAGUCUACCACACCUCCCGUGUUUGAGCAUCCGUGCAUGCCACUCACCAAAAUACUUUCCUCGGGUUCGUUCUACUAUUCUCUCGAUCCGACAUGGGAUCUCUCGUCUCGUCUUCCCGUUCGUCUCGCGAGAGAUCGAUCCAGCGCACAUGAUAUCGGUAUAUUUGAUGAGCGUUUCGUCUGGAAUGAGUAUAUCGUCCGCAGUUUGCUUAAUUUUAGAGAGAGGCUAGAUCCCCUUGAAAGGGAGGAACUCGACAAGUGUCAAUUUAUCAUAUUAGCCAUACAAGGCUAUGUGGGCGUCUUUACCAUGGCUUUGCCCGCACCUCCAGUCAAUGGCGCCCCCGUGGUUGCGACCUUAUCAUUGAUUUCCCGCCUUGGGUGGAGACGAGCUGGCACUCGAUUCAAUACUCGGGGUGUAGAUGAUGACGGGAACACUGCUAAUUUUGUUGAGACUGAAACUAUUCUCACCACGGAUCAACAUUGUGUGAGUUAUACACAAGUUCGAGGAAGUGUUCCAUUAUUUUGGGAACAACAAGGGCUCCAGACCUUUGGCCAGCGCAUACAGAUCACACGGCCGCAUGCCUCCCAACCUGCCUUCGAGCGCCACUUUGCGCAUCUAAUGGAGGAGUAUGGCGCUACUCACGCCAUCAACCUUCUGGGCUCUAAAGAGAAUGAGGCCAUUUUGACUUCUGCAUAUGCAAAGCACCUGCAACUUGCAAGAGGAAUCUGGGGUGACGAGCUCAGUAUCACUCACUACGACUUCCACAAUGCCGUGAGGAUAGGUGGUCAUGAUAGUGUGAUGAGGGACCUCUGUCGUUUGGAAGGCAUCAAUAACAAUAUGGACCGUUACGGGUUCACCAUGUGCGACACCAACACCGAUAAUCUAAUCACGGAACAAAAAGGAGUGUUCAGGACGAACUGCCUUGACUGCUUGGACCGAACGAACUUUGUGCAAGAUAUUUUCUCUCGCAAAGCCUUGGAACAAUACCUCGGUCUUGUGCAUCGCGAAUGGUUACAGGCUGGCGCGCUCUGGAUGCAUCAUCGAGAGUUAUGGGCAGAAAAUGGGGAUGCUCUCUCCCGCAUUUAUGCUGGUACUGGAGCACUGAAUACGAGCGUUACUCGGACUGGGAAGAGAACUCUGGCAGGCGUCUUGUCCGAUGCGACAAAGAGCGUGUCAAGAGCAUACAUUAAUAAUUUUCAAGAUAAAGGAAAGCAAAUCGCCAUUGACAUGUUUCUCGGCAACAUGAAUAACCAACGUCAAGUGAAUAUUUUCGAUGCAAUACACGACUCGGUUGGAAAGGCGCUGCAGCAACGCUUGUCUGAGUAUUCGACUACACAGUCUUGCAGUAUAUUCGCAGGAACGUGGAAUCUUAAUGGCCGGCUGCCGUCAUCAGAGAGCCUGUUGCCGUGGCUCUUCCCACGGGACAGUAAGUCUGAUUUUAGACCCGAUAUUUUUGUCCUGGGUUUCCAGGAAAUUGUCCAGCUUACCGCACAACAGAUUGUGCAACCAGAUCCGGAAAAGAAGCGUAUAUGGGAACAGAAGGUCAUGGAAAGUCUAGAACGUCGACCUCAAAAGACGUGUGACUAUGUGCUUCUGCGCAGUGAACAACUUGUCGGGACUGCACUUCUUGUCAUAGUUCGCUCAGAUUUAACAGCUGUCAUACGGAAUGUCGAAGGAGCAGCUCGCAAGACUGGCCUGCGCGGCAUGUCCGGGAACAAAGGUGGCGUCGGAGUCCGACUGGACUAUUACGACACUAGCUUCUGCUUCCUGACCGCACACCUUGCCGCCGGUCAUAACAACGUCGAGGAACGGAAUGCAGACUUUCACACAAUUUUGAAGGGUUUGCACUUUCAGAAAGGGAAGACCUUGUCCAGCCAUGAAAAUAUUAUAUGGCUCGCAGACACGAAUUACAGGAUAGACCUUGACAACGAAAGCGUCCGAGCCCUGUCGGAGGUCGAUGAUUUUGAUGCUUUAGUGGCAGCGGAUCAGCUAAGGCAGGCGAUCGAUAAUGGGGAUGCAUUUUCUGGAUAUGAGGAAGGACCUCUGCUGUUCCGACCCACUUACAAGUAUGACCUAGGCACCGAUAACUACGAUACCAGUGAGAAGAUGCGCAUUCCGGCUUGGACUGACAGAAUAUUGUUUAGAGGCCGAUUCGAUCUCGCGGUAUAUUCCCGAGCUGAGCUGAAAGGCUCGGAUCACCGUCCAGGCAAGUUCGUUUCCGUUUUCGCGCUUUUUAGAAGCGAGGUGCGGAUCAUUGAUGUCGUAAAGAGGGCCGCGCUGUCUCGCCUGCUCCUGGAAAACACACUGUCGGCUACCCCGGGCGAGAAACUUGAUGAAAAACUUGCUUCCCUGGUACUUCCGGAUGACUACUCUGAACUGCCUCCGCCCAGCACGGAUGAUGAUGCAUGGUGGGACAGACCAGAACAUCCCAAAGGGAUCUUUCCUAUCUCAAUAGCUCACCUCCUGGAAUCAGAUGCAGCCAACCCUUUUGACUCGCCAGAGGAAUCGCCUUUUUCAUCCUCGCCAUCAUCCUCUGACGAAGAACUUUACUCACAUGCAAUGGGUUUGCAAUCUCCCAUCACACCUGUUCGCAAACCUCCACCACCUCCGUUGCGCUCGCGGUUUGCUGAUGCGGGACACUGA